CGUGCGCGGCUGCGCGAGGGCCGCCAGGACCGGAACCGCGGGGGGCGCGGAGCCCGGCGUGUGGUACGGGAAGGGGGCGCCCGGCUGGCGGCCGGAGCGGCAGCGGGACCGCGGCCCGAGCCGCCCCGCCCGCCAUGGGCCUCCUGUCGGACCCGGUGCGCCGGCGCGCGCUCGUCCGCCUGGUUCUGCGCCUCAAUGCGCCGCUCUGCGUGCUGAGCUACGUGGCGGGCAUCGCCUGGUUCCUCGCGCUGGCCUUCCCGCCGCUGACCCAGCGCACCUACAUGUCGGAGAACGCCAUGGGCUCCACCAUGGUGGAGGAGCAGUUUGCGGGCGGGGACCGCGCCCGCGCCUUUGCCCGCGACUUUGCUGCCCACCGCCGGAAGUUGGGGGCUCUGCCGGUGGCCUGGCUGGAGCGGACGAUGCGGUCCGUGGGGCUGGAGGUCUACACCCAGAGCUUCUCCCGGAAACUGCCCUUUCCCGAUGAGACCCACGAGCGCUAUAUGGUGUCGGGCACCAACGUGUACGGCAUCCUGCGGGCCCCACGCGCUGCCAGCACCGAGUCUCUGGUGCUCACCGUGCCCUGUGGCCCCGACUCUACCAACAGCCAGGCUGUGGGGCUGCUUUUGGCACUGGCUGCCCACUUUCGGGGGCAGAUCUACUGGGCCAAAGACAUCAUCUUCCUGGUGACGGAACACGACCUGCUGGGCACCGAGGCGUGGCUGGAAGCCUACCACGACGUCAACGUCACUGGCAUGCAGUCAUCCCCUCUGCAGGGCCGGGCCGGGGCCAUCCAGGCAGCUGUGGCCCUGGAGCUGAGCAGCGAUGUGGUCACUAGCCUUGACGUGGCCGUGGAGGGGCUCAAUGGGCAGCUGCCCAACCUUGACCUGCUCAACCUCUUCCAGACCUUCUGCCAGAAAGGGGGGCUGCUGUGCACCCUUCAGGGCAAGUUGCAGCCCCAGGACUGGACGUCGAUAGAUGGGCCGCUGCAGGGUCUGCAGACACUGCUGCUCAUGGUUCUGCAACAGGCCUCUGGCCGCCCCCACGGUCCCCACGGCCUCUUCCUGCGCUACCGUGUGGAGGCUCUCACGCUGCGCGGCAUCAACAGCUUCCGCCAGUAUAAGUAUGACUUGGUGGCAGUGGGCAAGGCUCUGGAGGGCAUGUUUCGAAAGCUCAACCACCUUCUGGAGCGUCUGCACCAGUCCUUCUUCUUCUACCUGCUCCCCGCCCUGUCCCGCUUUGUCUCCAUCGGCCUCUACAUGCCUGCUGCUGGCUUCUUGCUCCUGGUCCUUGGUCUCAAGGCCCUGGAACUGUGGAUGCAGCUGCAUGAGGCUGGAGUGGGCCCUAAGGAGGCUGGGGCGGCCUCUGGACUCAGUCCUCCCCUCCCCCCAGCACAGGGCGUGGGGCUGGCUUCCCUUGUGGCACCCCUGCUGAUCUCACAGGCCAUGGGCCUGGCCCUCUACGUCCUACCGGUGCUGGGCCAGCACGUGGCCGCCCAGCACUUCCCUGUGGCUGAGGCUGAAGCUGUGGUGCUGACGCUGCUGGCCAUCUAUGCCGCCGGCCUGGCCCUUCCGCACAACACCCACCGUGUGGUGAGCUCACAGGCCCCAGACAGGGGCUGGAUGGCACUGAAGCUGGUAGCCCUGAUCUACCUGGCACUCCAGCUGGCCUGCAUCACCCUCACCAACUUCUCCCUGGGCUUCCUGCUGGCCACCACCAUGGUGCCUGCUGCUGCACUCACUGAGCCCAGUGGGCCCCGGCCCCUCUAUGCCGCCCUGCUGGUGCUGACAAGUCCAGCAGCCACGCUCCUGGGCAGCCUGUUCCUGUGGCGGGAGCUGCAAGAGGCCCCGUUGUCGCUGGCCGAGGGCUGGCAGCUCUUCCUGGCGGCGCUGGCCCAGGGCGUGCUGGAGCACCACAUCUACGGCGCCCUGCUCUUCCCGCUGCUAGCGCUGGGCCUCUACCCCUGCUGGCUGCUCUUCUGGAACGUUCUCUUCUGGAAGUGAUGUCUGCCUGCCCUGUGGCACAAAGACUGUGGCAGGAACUCCCCAAACACCCCAUCUUCUCCCUCCUAGGAAAUAAACAGGUGUCUUGUUUGA